GGGAGGGGAGCCUGCUGGGGGCGGCGCGUCCAGCUCUGGGCCAGGGGGUCCAAAGUGCUCAGCCCCCGGGCACAGCCGGACGUUUGGGGGCCUUCUUUCAGCAGGGGACAGCCUGAUUGGGGGUGAAGUGGGAGAUAUUUAUACCCAGGGUCAGGCAGAGAGCGGGCGGGCGGCCGAGGGCAGGAGAACUGGGAUUUUUGCUGGACACAGCGAGGCCGUGCUGUGCAGCAGGUGGGCCUUGGGCGUGCUCUGCUGUCACGCAGAGUGUCUGUAUCUCCACCUGUGUGAAGCGGCAUCCUGCUGUCCCCUGUCAAGGACAAUGGUGUCUCUUGGCCAUAUCUUGGUUCUCUAUAUGGGUCUCCUCACCAUGGCUAACGCAGAGGCUUCACAGGAAUAUGACCCAUUCACCUAUGACUACAGAUCCCUGCGGAUCGGUGGCCUGAUCAUCGCCGGGAUCCUCUUCGUCCUGGGCAUCCUCAUCGUCCUCAGCAAAAGAUGCCGGUGCAAGUUCAACCAGCAGCAGAGGACUGGGGAACCUGACGAAGAGGAGGGAACUUUCCGCAGCUCCAUCCGCCGUCUGUCCAGCCGCAGGCGGUAGAAACACCUGGCGCGAUGGACCGCGGCCAGGUCCUGCAGCUCCGACGAGACGGGUGCGGGAGCGUGGAGGAGGGGCCGAGCGCCGGUGCGAGCGCGGCGCGGAGCAGCACCCUUUCCACCCCACAGGAGUCCCCUGGCACCCGACGCCUCCCACUCCCCGCCUGAGCGCCCACCGCCACCUCGACUGCCUCCUUCCCCAGCCCUGCCCCCACCGACUCCCAAUAAAACGCGCUUUUCUCCCCUGA